GUAGCCGCGUAUCGAGAGAGGUAUUGGUUCGGACGCCAUCUUGGCUAUGGGCAUGCCAGUGAAUGACUAUGUCCACGUCCCGCCAUCAUCUUGACUGUGGGCAGCUCAAGGAGUAGGAAAAUCAAGUUUAAAGCGUUCACAUUUGAAGAAGUCCCUGCUUCAGUUUCACCCAGUUUUACCCAAUUUAAUUGCAUCCGACAUAACUUUGGAUUCUUGGAAAGUUCAGAGUGAGUACAGUCAGUCAAGUGAAGAUUUGGGCACCAUGCAUCGGACUGUGAAAUCUUUUCUCCGGACUCUGAAGUUCAGUGUUGGUUGCUUCCGAUACUACUUUAACCGUAACUAUGAUCCGGUAAUAGCGCUUUGCAGUCAAAUAAAAGUCCAAGAAUUUCAGUUUACAAAGUGUUUGGGAAAUUCAUGGAACAACACAGACUCACGAGGGCACACUGUGCCACGGAGAUUCUUUUCCUGCAAGGAUCUUCUGAAAUCAGAGCAGGAGAACUGGAAAGUAACUUCAGCAAGAUAUAUGGAUACAGCAGAAAGAAUCAAGAAGAAAUUAGAAGUAAUGUACAACAAGUAUACAUUCAGCAUGAGCAGCCCAGUGAUUAGGUUUGGGGAUUCUGUUUACUUUGAAGAAAAUGGCUGCAUAUUUCGUUCAAAAGCAGAUGUUGAUGAAGGAAGUGUUGAGGUGUUACUCAGUACUGAAGAUCUUGGUUUUCAUGAUGCGAUUAUUCAGCGCAUCAGAAUUUCCCCAGAUCAGAGGUAUAUGGCUACCAGCAUAAAAAGCUCAAAUUCUGAAGAGUCAAGCUGUAUUGUUACGAAACUUGAGAAGUUACCAAUGGUGGAAUAUAUUAUCCCAAAUGUGUUUAGUUUUGAAUGGGCUACAAAUGAUGUUCUGUUCUACACCAGUCAGAAGAACCUUGUAUGCCAUAAGGUGUUUCUGGCCACUUUCGCUAGUAGAAAACAUGCUGAGUUAGUUUAUACAGAACAAGAUCCAAGAUUUUUUGUGGAUAUAUAUUGCACAAAAGACAGACGUUUUCUCACCAUCAACAGUAACAGCAAGACUAGUUCCGAAGUUUGGUUGGUUGACUGUAGCGAUCCAUUUAAUUCACCUAUUCUCGUACAACAGAGAACCAAAGGGGUCAUUUAUCAUGUUGAGCACAGAAAUGAUGAAUUAUACGUUCUUACUACUUACGGAGAGCCUGCGGAAUACAAGUUGAUGAAGACUCCAGUUGGUUCCUAUGGUAUGGAGAACUGGCAAUUGGUUUACACGUUGCAAGAAAAGACUAAGCUAAUAGACUUAGAGAUGUUCAGAGAUCACUGUGUGAUGUUUUUGAAACACUAUGGUCAUCUUUAUUUAAAUGUGAUUUCUCUUGUUUCUCAUUCUGUUCAGUCUAUUAAGUUACCUGCAUGGGCCUGUGCAUUUGAGUCAGAACCCCAUCCUGAGUACAAUGCCAGCACUUGCUAUUUUCAGCUCACCUCCCCAGUACAACCCCCUAAACGUUUUGCAUAUACGUUGGUGGAAAAUCAUCUCGUUGAGCAGGAGGCACCAAUUACAAUUAAUUGCCACACUGUACGGUUAGAAGCUAAGAGCAAGGAUGAAAUUUUGGUGCCAAUUACAGUUUUUUAUAAUACAAAUUCUAAAGAGCUACACAGGAAACCACUUCUGGUUCAUGUAUAUGGAGCUUAUGGCAUAGAUUUGAACAUGAGCUUUAAAGCUGAGAAUCUGAUGCUAAUUGAAGAUGGUUGGAUAUUAGCAUAUUGCCAUGUUAGGGGUGGCGGAGAGUUAGGCCUGAGCUGGCAUAAAGAUGGAUGUAUGCAUAAUAAACUCAAAGGUCUCCAUGACCUUAAGGCUUGUAUAAUGCUCUUGCAUGAACUAGGAUUUUCUCAGCCAAAGUAUACAGCACUAACAGGUAGCAGUGCAGGAGGAGUUCUUGCAGGAGCUCUGUGCAAUGCUGAUCCUGACCUCAUCAGAGCCAUAGUUUUACAGGCCCCUUUCCUAGAUGUUCUAAAUACAAUGUUGGACACUGAUCUCCCUCUGACAAUUGAAGAACAGGAAGAAUGGGGAAAUCCAUUAGCAGAUGAAAAGUACAUGGAAUACAUUAAAAGUUACUGCCCUUAUCAUAAUAUUAAGCCACAGAGUUAUCCUUCAGUUUUAAUCACAGCAUAUGAAAAUGAUCAACGAAUACCACUGAUAGGAUUGUUAAGAUAUGUUCAUAAACUUAGAAAAGCAGAAGGGGAUCAUGCUAGAAGCAUGAAUAAGAAAGGAAACCUGAUACCUAAUAUCAUCUUAAAUGUUCAGGCAGGAGGCAGUCAUUGUGCUCCAUUGUGGGAGGAUUCAUUAAAUGAGGUUACAAGCCACCUUGCUUUUCUGUACAAAGAAUUUGGACUUGAGAGAGAAUAACUUGAAGUGGUUUACUUAACAUGCACAGUUAUUUCAGAAUUUGUUGAAAGAUUUAAAAACAGACUUCUGAAAAAGCCAUAUCACAUACCUGUACAUUUAAAAAAUGAGCACUCAUUCUCCAAAGGAACCAGCUGUAAUGGGUCCCUGCUUCCGGUGCAGAGUUGUGUGAGCUACUGACUUACACAUACAUACCAGGUGGUAAGUUCCUUCCCUGCUGCAUUGGAGGAGCAGCAUCUCUAUUUUCAUUGAUAAAAUCUUAGCCUUAGUCAUAAUUCUUCUCUGUUAAUUUUAGUAAAAGUCACUGACAGAUCACGGGCACUAAACAAAAAUUCAGAGCCCGUGACCUGUCCAUGACUUUUACUAAAAAUAAUGGGCGGGGGAGAGUGACUGACAGGCCAAGCCCCCACUCCAGAGCUGGCCAUGGCUGUGGGACAGGGGAGCAUGCUCCCAGCUGCAGCCCCUGCCAAACCCUGGCAAAAGCUGUGGGGCUUGGGCACACGGCCCCAGCCCCUGCCAAGCCUGGGACUGGGGCUGCAGUGUCCUGGUUCCAGCCAGCCCCCCAUCCUGAAGCCCUAGAAGUCACGGAGGUCCAGUAAAGUCACAUAACCCAUGACUAGCCUUAAUUAUGACAUGUUCAGUAAGUAAAUUUUUCUUCCAGCUGAUACGAAACAAACACUUAAAUUUGUUACAUAUUUGCCUUGAUCAUCUCUCAAUUUUCUCUUUCCCCUAAAUGAGUUGUUUUAAAACUGACCUGACAACUUAUUUGCUUCUAACUAUUUCAGACAAUUCAGUGCCUGCUACACAAAUAGGAAACUUGCAAAACAAGUACUGUGGAGUGUAAACUGCCACAGGAUUUGGGGCUGAGUUGUGGCAGUCAGAUACAGCCUACAAUAGGGGUACACAGGUACAACACUCAAGCAGGAAAUCUUAAGAGCUUUAUACCUUAGGCACAAUGCCUCUAGGAGCCCUAUAGGCAUAGGGCUAGUGUUCUACCCUUGCACAAAUACUUAUCUGGAAUGGAACAGGCCCAAGGAUGGCUUUACGGGGGAUGAUCCUGAUCCUUUCUGGUGCCUGUUCACAAACCCUCUGGAAACUCUACCCUCUGUGGUUGCUGGUUACCCUUAAGUUAAGCACCUUCCGCCAUCCGCUCACACACCAAUAAAAGGCCAGACAAUUAAGCCACAUUAGUUUAGAGGCUGCUGUUCAUUUAAUACACAAACCAGCAAGUUUAAAAAGCCAUUGCCACACUAUUCACAGCAUUUACUUGAAAUCAACACUUCCUACCUUAAAUGCAUAAAACAAAAUUUCCUACAUCCCCGCACGCUUAGCAGUGCAUGUAAAGUAUGUUCAAGGCACUAGAAUAACAUGCUUUUUCAGCCACAAAACACUUAACUUGGAAAGCUUCCAUAGUAUGAACUGUCUUCCUUGUUUUAUACUCUAGGACAAUUCCUUCCCCCUUUUCAGUUUUAAUUGUUUUGGUAUUUACAACUUUACCAGUGUUGCUAAAAUUAGUGCUUAGUCUUAUGGUAGCUUCAGAUGGAAGCUCAGAAACUACAGCUUUCAGGUCUAUGAUUGAUUCCUGUCCAAAAUUGAGAACCAUUAUAAAGACUGUGUCUAAUCCAUCUAAUUCCCUCAGAUACACAAAAACAUUGCUGUCAUUCCAAAUGUAGCACAUCCAUCCCCUAUGAAUGGGCAGCUCAUUGUUGCGAAGUAAAUUUAGCUCUCGAUACAGAUUCAGUGUUGAGUUGGGUUGAGUCUUUUGAACCUGUUUAAAAAAAAAAAAAAAAGUCACAUCAUUUGUAGGACAGAAGUGCUUACCACAUCUAAGAUUAUCUUCACAGCUUUGACUCUCAGCCCCCUCUGCAAAUCCUUCCACAGAUUCAAGUUGAAGCUAUUUGUCCUCAACCUUUGAGGACUUUCACAACUCUGCCUUCUCUCUCCCCAUAUUGUCCACCUUUGCCACUCCACCAACGAGGAUAGCCUUGUCUCCUCCUCCUACAACUGUCUUUGUUCCUUCCAUUGUGCUUCAUGCACUCCUGUCAGCAAAGCAUUCCCUACCAAGGAAUCAGAGCAUUCAGCAUCAAGGACUUGAUCUUGCUCCCACUGACUUCAGUGCUGCAGAAGCAACCCCCAAUGGAUUAGUUUCCAGUGCUUUUUCCUUGCUGUUGUUCACUGUUGUACAUCAACAAUACCUGUACUUGACCUACUUGGUGUAACAGCGACUGCUAAGUUUGUCUUAGACAAAACAACAUAUCCAAACCUAGAAAUGCAUCCAUCUUAUUUUCCUGCUAAGUUUAACAAAGCCUACUUGUAUUAAUCUAAAUUAAAAUGGGGGUGAGUAGAUUGCAGAUUAAUGUUGAAAAAUUAAAUGAAUUAGACUAAAAAAAGUUACCACCGUAUUCUUCUGGUUAAAUGAGGGCUGGCAAAAUAGCCUUUGCUGUUGCAAUAAGAUUUUUUUUUUUUUUUUACCAAUUUUCUUCCACAGAAUUUUUUCUUGGUUUUAGUUUUAACUGCCACAUUCCACUAAUCAAAACAAAUUAGAGCUUCAUUUAGCUGAAGCUAUUUCGCUAGCAUUUUUUUUUUAACCCAUACGACUGUGUCCUUAAUUUAAAUACUUACUUCGACAUUUACAUUUUGGUAGUCUGGAUUAACAGGUAACCAGCUUGUGUUACCCUCACUGAAGCCAGCAUGAAGGUUGCCAUUCCACUGCAUGGGUGACUUCUCUGGAAAGGUCACCUAAAAAUAAGAGUAUUGGGCACCAUUCAACAACAUCCUUGUUAAUGUGCUAAAGAAUGAUCCAGUUAAACAAUCUUUUGCUCAAACUUCUCUCUCAUGUCAUUAUUUCAUCUCAUAGGGGACUUUAAUUGCGUCCUAGACUUAAAGCUUGACAGGAAGUAAUUAAAAAUCCCAAAAGUGCAGGAGAAUCAUGAAGAGAGAGAAUCAAAAGCUAUCACUGAAAGGGGGAGGAAAAACUAUGUAAUGGAUUUGGCACUGGACUGGGUGCUGAAGACCUGUGUUCAAUUCCCAGGUCAGAUGCCGAUUUUCUGUGUGACUUCUGAGAAGUUACUUAUCUACUCUGUGCUUCAGUUCCCCAUCUGUGAAAUGGGGAUAGUAGUUGCUUACCCCCACCCAGAAGUAGUGUGAGGAUAAAAAGCUAUUAAUGAUUAUUAGGUGCUCAGAUUUUACAGUAAUGAGGGCCAUGUAAAUUCUUCGAUAGAUACAAAUACAGUUAGUGGAUGUAUGGAGUGAUCUGUAUCCUGGAAAGAGAUACUGUACUAAUAUUUGAAUAAUCAAAGUUUAUAUUAAAUUUGAAGACUAAGUACCUUAUUCAGUAGCAUAUCAGUGUUUAACUGUUCUACUGUGUAUUAUAUUUUUAGCUCUAAUUAUCUGAGCAAACUUAAUCUGUCCUGAUGAGUGCUUUGUAAAUAUAUUACAGUUUUCAAUAUAUGAGUCCUUUUGUAGAAUUCCCUCCUCAAGUGCAAGUAAUACUCUUAGAACUCAUGGUGUGUAACAGGUAAAUGAAAAACAUGUCAAAACUUGCUUGCAAAACAUAAAAUUAUUUAAAAUUUU